AUCGAGGAAUCCGAAGACUCUUGGCCCUCUCGCAAGAAUGUUGUUUCUUGCGCCGGUGUUUGCCGCAACUGGCGCGAAAUCGUCAAAGAGAUCGUCAAAGUUCCUGAGCUCUCCAGCAAAUUGACUUUUCCCAUCUCCCUCAAGCAGCCGGGUCCAAGGGGCUCACUUGUUCAAUGCUAUAUCAUGAGAAACCGCAGCAACCAAACUUACUAUCUCUACCUCGGCCUCAACCAAGCAGCAGCUUCCAAUGAUGAUGGAAAGUUCCUUCUUGCUGCCAAGAGGUUUCGGAGGCCAACUUGCACUGACUACAUCAUCUCCUUAAACUGUGAUGAUGUCUCGAGAGGAAGCAGUACCUAUAUCGGAAAGCUCAGAUCUAACUUCCUGGGGACCAAGUUCACUGUCUAUGAUGCUCAGCAGACGAAUCCUGGAGCUCAGGUUACCAAAACCCGUUCAACCCGGCUUCUCAGCUUGAAACAAGUGAGCCCGAGGCUUCCCUCUGGCAACUACCCUGUAGCACAUAUCUCCUAUGAGCUUAACGUCUUGGGUUCCAGGGGACCGAGGAGGAUGCAGUGUGUAAUGGAUGCCAUCCCUGCCUCAGCGGUAGAACCUGGAGGAACAGCUCCAACUCAGACGGAGCUUGUCCACAGCAAUCUCGAGAAUUUCCCCUCGUUCUCCUUCUUCAGGUCCAAGUCAAUCCGGUCAGAGAGUCUCCCUCCUGGUCCUGCGCAGAAGGAAGGACUGCUUGUCCUGAAGAACAAAGCGCCCAGAUGGCACGAACAGCUCCAGUGCUGGUGCCUCAACUUCAAUGGGAGAGUCACCGUGGCUUCCGUCAAAAACUUUCAGCUCGUGGCUGCUCCCGAGAACGGACCUGCCGGGCCUGAGCACGAAAACGUGAUUCUCCAGUUUGGGAAAGUCGGCAAAGAUGUGUUCACAAUGGAUUACCAGUACCCUAUCUCUGCCUUCCAGGCCUUCACCAUUUGCCUCAGCAGCUUCGACACCAAGAUUGCGUGUGAA